AUGUCACACUCCGCAGAUGAACAGUUCUCCUUUCUUCGCUCUCUAAUCCAGGGCAGAAGUUUCUGCGACACAACCAUCCGAUUUUUGGAAUCUCUUUUGGUAUCGAAGGACGUGAAAUCGCUCAUCGAAGUUCGCUCCAGAUUGACGCACCUCCUCAGAACUGAAUCUCUCUCCAUUAUUCGCUCCAUUGCCGCCAAAUCCGUCCGCGAGAAGCUUCUCGUUCUCGAAUUUUUCGUCCGCGCUUUCGCUCUCGUCGGAGAUCAACAGAGUUGUUUGGCGUUGAGAUACGAGGCUUUAGUAAUGCGAGAACUCAAGUCCUCCAGUUGUCAAUGGCUACGAGUUUUGCCUGUGGAAUGGUUAAGAUUUGUGGAGGAUGCGAUGCGCAACGGUUUUCACGCCGUUGCAGCGAAGGCAUGUGAAAAUGCAUUGUCGUGCCUUGGCAAUAACGAUGAUCAGAGGCCUGGAAGAGACAUGAUUUCUAAAAACUUGAAAAGUAUUAUCAGUGAGAUUACAAGGCUCAGGAACUGUGCAAUAACAUCGGCUGCUUCACGAUCUGUUCAGGUGCAGACGGCAGAGUACCUGAAAAGGAAAAUAACAGAGCGGCAAAAGUCGGACUUACACUACAAAGAAAAACGCUGUCUAGCAAGCACUUCUUUCAGAAAUGGAAUUAAGAGACAGAAUAGACGAAAGUUAAAUGAACACCAAAGUCUCCUACAGAUCAGUGAUGAAUCAGAUGGACGACAUCUAAAUUUGAGGUAA